AUGCCUUUUGACUUCCAUCCUUGGGAACCUGUCUCCAGCCUGGGGAAGAUACUUAUCCCAGAACCUAAAUCCCCUACUCAGGAGAAAUUGAGGCUAAAUGAGCCUAACUCAACAUCAGAAGAUAAAAAGAGGAAGACCAAAAAGAAGAAUUAUCAGCGAUAUGCUAAACCUCCAUAUUCAUAUCUUGCAAUGAUUGCUUUAGUCAUUCAGAACUCACCUGAUAAGAAGCUCAAGCUAUCCCAGAUUCUGCAGGACAUAAGUACCCUAUUUCCAUUUUUCAAAGGGGAUUAUCAGGGCUGGAAAGACUCUAUCAGACAUAAUCUGUCCUCCAAUGACUGCUUUAGAAAGAUAUUAAAAGACCCUCAAAAACCUCAUGCUAAGGGGAAUUUCUGGACAGUGGAUGUUACUCGGAUUCCCUCAGAAGCAAUGAAACUGCAGAACACUGCCAUUACAAAGCAUGAUGUCUUUCCAUAUGAUCUGACACCUUUUAUCCUACAUGGGCAGCCAUAUCACAGCUCAUUGGCCGUUCAGUCAAAGAACGCAAGGAACCGCAACAGUGUAAGCAGUGAAGUCCACACUAAGCCUCAUGUUGUAGAUCCUGCAGUGACAUUCCCAAUGAUAUUAUGGAACUUGCCAACUUCAUACACAAAAUGUGUUGCUCCAAAUGUUGUAGCUCCACCCAGUAUUCAUCCUCUGGCACUGUACUCCGGUUUCCCUUCUUUCUCUUAUUGUAAUUAUGUUCCAAACCCAUAUGUUGGUCCUGCGUUUACAGAGAGAAGGGAGGAUGUAACUUAUAGGACAUCAUCUCAAAGUUCUUUUUCUCUUACACCCUCACAAAUCACAUUUUCAUCCAGUGACUUUCCUCCCAAUAAGACUAUUUAUGAUAUAUACGCCAGUCAUAAGAGGUAUUGAUGCCAUACAGUCAAGACCUGCGUAAAGACUUUAACAGAUCCAGCCAGCCGUAAAUGAAAUGACUGUGUAAAUUAAUUUAUUAUAGGGAAAUUAGAGGAAUUAGGAUUGGCAUGCAGGGUACAUUUGACUUGGACAUUGCUGCCUGACAGAUUCAUCAUCUUACGGGAGUCUGCUGAAGAGAAAGGCGCCACUUAGCAUAUCACACAGGAAACUAAGUCCCUCUGAAAUACUUUAUCUAAUAAACUUUGGUAACAAAGGAUG